AUGGCUUUCAAUUUUCCUGAUGUAUUUUGCUGGAUUCAAAACCUUCCACCAAUCUCAGAAUGGGAAACAAAUUCAAUCUCUCUAAACAUAUGUUCUUCAACCACAUCACAACCAUUUCUCAAUCUUACAAUAUCCAAAAUUCAUGAAUCCUCAAAACUCUCUUUUAUUAUUGUUGCUGACUUCAAUAAUAUUCAGAUUCAUCUUUGGACUUCAAAACCAUUUAAACCAAACUCAAAAACCACCCAUUUAUUAAACCAAGAAACCGUUUCAAAUCUCUUUGUUAAUUUCAUUCAUGACAUACUUCAUUAUGGUUCAAACAAAAACAACCCUUUUAUCAGAUUUCCAAAUCUUGAUUCUGUUCCAAACUUACCAGACAUUUUCAACCUCACUUUCUUCACUCUUUUAUUCCUUGUUUGUAUAUAUGAAUCUCCUAGAGAUCUUCGCGACGCGUUUAUCGGCGUUUUGAAAGAUCAUUUAACAAGCUUUCAAUCAAGACAAACGUCGAAUUUGCUUAUGAAACUCUUGGGUUCAAAUUUGCAAGAACAAUGGAUGCGUUCGGUGAACCUUGGGAUAACUAAUUGGGUUGGUGAACUUGAAGAACAAUAUCAAAACACGCUUAGAACGCCAUGUUCUAUGCUUUCUUAUGCUUUUUCAACGUUUGGGAUGUGGAAAGUGCAAGUUUAUUGUCCUGUUAUUUGUAUGGAUGUUGAGAAAUCUGAAAGUCAUCCACCUGAGAGACUUCAAUUCUCUCUUAAGUAUCAUCAAGUUGAAAGUGUUUUUCAGUUCAAUUAUCAAGUUGAUUUCAAAGAGGAAUGGGUUGAAAUCAUGGUCAAUGUUGAUAACAUAAGGUGCGAUGUUACCAAAUUGGUGAAUGAUUCUCUUGUAAAAGAAAGAGGAGCAGGUGCAGCUGAAAAACAUUUUCCAUCAAGAAUAUCAUUACAACUAACACCAACUCUUCAAGACCAAGUAGUGAGUUUAUCCGUAGGAAAAUCCACGGAUAAUCCGAAAAAAGAAAUAGGCAGUGAGAAAGGUAUAGGAGCGUCAAUUGAACCAUCAACUCACAUAGGACUCAAAGUAUCAUCUGGAGAAUCAACAACAGUGAGUUUAAAGCCCUGGAAAUUUGAACAAUCAGUGUAUGGAUAUAGUGCAAAUAUGAAUUGGUUUCUUCAUGAUAGUAUGGAUGGUAAAGAAGUGUUUUCAUCAAAGCCUUCAAAAUGUGCACUAAUUAAUCCAAAAUCUUGGUUCAAAAAUCGUUACUCAAGUGCUUAUAGACCUUUUACUAGACAAGGUGGUGUUAUUUUCGCUGGUGAUGAAUAUGGUGAAAGAGUUUGGUGGAAAGUUGAUAAAAGUGCUGUUGGGAAAACAAUGGAAUGGGAAAUAAGAGGUUGGAUAUGGUUAACUUAUUGGCCUAAUAAAAGAGUUACAUUGUAUAAUGAAACUAGGAGGUUGGAGUUUCGUGAAAUUGUUAAUCUUGAUGUUGCUUAA